UAGGUGCAGCUGUGUUUGACUUUGACGGGCUGUAUAAAACUCAGAAUAGGGGGGGAGGUAUCUGUUUUCAGUCUGUUUUUUGUAAAUUCAGCUCCAAAAAAGCCAGGAGUCAAUGGGUUAAGCGCAAUACUCAUAUAUUAUCGGUCUACAUUGCAGGCUAUGAAAAACGUCGCUCUUAUAGAUUAUGCUCCCUUCUACAGAGAUAAACACCCCCUGUCAACCUCCAAAAAUCUCUUGAGAAUUGAGAAUUUUGGCUUGAGAAUUUUUUUGGGGAGGGGUGGGGUAUAUUCAUUUUUGGGUGGGAGGGGUUGGUAAACAACACAGACCUUGCAAACAAAUCCACUUAUAGAUCUUACGAGGGUGAUAAAUUGCGCUGCACAAGGGAAUUAUUGUUUUAAAUAUUUUAAUAGAAAAUAGGCAAAAUGACAAUUUUCUAUAGAAUAAUUUUUUGGAAGCAAUAAAAAAAAUUGUUAAAAAGCGGGAGAUUUUGUGCUCAACGUUGAAGAAAGCGGGAGAAGGGGUCCAAAAUGUUGAGACUCCCGCCUAGAGUCGACAGGUAUGCCCUUGUAUAGCCCAUUUGUUCGAUGAUGAACAAAGCUCUAUUUUUUAAUGUUAUUUGUAAUUCGGUGGGAUCAUCCCGCUAAAACAAUACGUGUAGACAAAUUUAUUUUUCUAACAUAUCUCCUUUUUAUCUACUUUGUGUUGGUGAUGUGUAGCAGCUCACCCUCCUUCCCCAGCUAGCUUCAAUCCUUAUAGUCUAGUCCCCAGUCCCUUGAUACUAUUCUUAUCAAUACAUAAUGGUGUAAGGAGGAAGUCAAGACAGGCCCGUACCCAGGAUUGGCUGAAGGGGGUGGGCAGUCAUAGGUAUCAUAUUGAAAAAGCAUAGUAUUUGAAGAUUCCUUAAAAGAAUGGACACACUUUCUGGCUCCCAAGCAGGGGUGCGCAUGCAUCCUGCCCACCUUCCCGUAUACACGCCUUCUAGAGGCCUUAAGAGAGAGAAAAAAGGGAUAAUCAAAUAAAAAUUGUUAUCCUUGAUCAGAUAAUUAAGUAUUUCUAAACUAAAUCACACAUGUUUUCAAUUUAUAACAAAUGCACCAAUGAUGUUCUGAAAAUAAAUCAAUUUAUUUCUGGCCCGUAACUAAAUCAAGACAUUCUAAGGGAUAGCAGAGCUAGAAUUCUCAAUAGGAUGUGAUUCCAGGAACAGGUUCCAUACCUGGCCAACACAAAGGGAUUUUGUUUUUCAGGUGGGGUGAGGGGUGGAGUGCUAGAAAAAUCUGUGUAACCCAUAAACUGACCAACUUUGACAGAUUCAAACAGUGGAAAUUACAGGUAGUCAGGGAGCAUAUGUUGUGGUUUAAAGUCCCGUGGGAUUUUUGUGAAGAGAACAAGCCACCUAUCUAGAAGUGCUGAGGGGACCCUAAGGAACACAAAAAAUGUUGUCGGCAAUUUUUUAACUUGUUGGGUAAGCUACUAGGGGGGGUUAAAGAAGGGCCUCAAAUUGCCCAGCAUGGAAACGAGGCUGAGACUUAAAUUGCAGAUAACUUUACAUAUUUACAACCAAAUGUCACCAAACUUGCUCAGAUUUAUUAGGGGAUAGUAUUAUACAUGUUAUGACUAUAAGUAUAUGUAAGGAGGUCACGUGACCCUUCUACACGAAAGCGAGGCUCUAAUAUUAUAUUGCCCAUAACUAUCUCUUAUCUGAGGCUAUUUUCAAACAAGCUUGCCCAGUUUUGUAAAAUAAUAUUAUCUUACAUGUUUAAAAACAUUAAAGUAAUAUUUGUUGUCACCUGACCUUUUUGUCAAGAAAGCGAGACUCUUGCAUAAAAUGAUUAAAUAUCGCAUUAUUAGUAUAUAUUUUUUCAAACUUUGAUUUCUAUAUUUCCGCCAUAUUUCAUAAUUGCAGUUCUGUUGAAACUUGAUUUCAAUUAAAUAAAAGAAUCGAUAUUUCCAUAAUUGUUUUGCUGGUCAGCAGUCUCUAAAUGAAUACUUUUGGUCAGCGGUAAUUUCCAUCAUUUUAGUGAUCCACCAUUUUGAUCUGCCAGUCAAUCUAGAGUAGUUACAUAACUAUCAUGACCCUUCAUGGCGAAUUUGAAUGUUUCCCUUUGCCUAAACUCUGAAGAGACAAAUCUAGAAUUGUGUGUUAUUUGCCAGGAGGUAAAAGAGAAUGAAGGUCUUGUUGGCAAACCUUCGCUAGAUUCGUAUAAAAAAGUUUUGGAUUUUCUCAAAGAAUGGGCCAGUUAUGGGAAUAAGGAGUACUCAGAGGCCUGGAUUAGGCCAGAUGGCAUUUCAGCCGAGGCUCUCCAGGGAAAGAGCUCAUGGCACCGCUCUUGCUACAAGGAUGUCGCCCAUACAGGGAUGCUGAAGAGGGCAAAGAUAAGGUAUGAGAGAGAGCUAGCUGGACCCAAUGAAUCAAGGCGAAAGUCGCAACCAGCGAAUAGCCCUACAACUCCUAAGCUUACUCGAUCUAAAACCACAGCUUUUAACAAAGAAGUUUGCUUUUUUGCGAUGGCCCGGAAACCUAUAAAUCGAUGUUUUACAACUGUAGAUCUCUGCCUGCAGGGGAAUCGCUUCGCAAAGCUGUCACAAAAUCAGGCAAUGAGAAGCUCGCCGUGAAGCUCAAUACUGCCAUUGCAUCAAAUGCGGCGUAUAAAGGAAUACUUCACGCAAACAACGUCCCUGAUUCGAAUGUCCAUCGCAAGUCGUUAAAGCAGCUACUGAAAGAUAAAAUCCCUGAUGUUGACUUCCACAGGCCCAAACGGGUAAAUGAGCCUGAAAGGGUCAGUGUUAAGAUUGGAAGAGAUCAAGCAAUUCAAAUUGCAGAAGAGCAGAAUGAAAUAGACGACGACGAGAUGAAGACACUUUUUGAUGCUGCCGCGCUUAUCAGAAAGUCUAUCAAGAAGUGUAAGAAGUGGGAGUUUACUGGCUCUUUCGAGGAUAUCACAGAUGAAAAUGUUCCCAGGGAACUCGUCAGCUUCUUUAGGUGGGUCAUCCAAGGCCCAUUUGAUCUUUCUUUGCAACACGAGUCAAAAUCAAAUGAGAUAAACAAGCGCGCCAUGAGUCUGACUGAAAGCACAGUCGCUAUGUUUCUACCCGAUCGCCAGGUGAGGCACAAGAAAGCUGAAACAACGAGAAUGAGAAGUGAAAUGCCACAUCAGCUAGCAAUAGGGCUUGCUAUACACCAGGCUGUACGCAGCAAAGAGCUUAUCAAUUUACUUCACGGAUUUGGACUUGCAGUCGACUAUAACCGAGUGCUUAGGGUAGAAUCCCAGAUAGAAUCGAAUGUCUUACAGCGAAUGGAAGAAAACGAUGGCAUCUAUCUCCCUCCGGACAUUGUCAAAGGGCGGCAUGUGUUUUUUGUCAUAGAUAACGUGGACUUCGCUGAGGACACGCCAGACGGAAAACGUACGUUUCAUGGAACUGCAAUGGCAAUUUACCAGCGCGCCGAGGCUCAAGAUCAGAAGAUCGAAGUUCAUGUUGACGCAAGUCUAUAACAUCGCUCAAUAGAAGAUCCUUCACUAGCUUCUUGGAAUGCCCAGCACCGCCAUUGAAGCCCAAAGGCCCCGCAAAUUUCAAGUUUAGUCUUUCCGUGAAAGAGCUUCCGAUGCAGACAAGGAUGGGAGAUGCUGCAUGGAUUCUGGGGAGAAAUGCAACGCGAACCCAAGCAUACAACGCUCAAGCCGGCACGGCAGCCCUGGAGCAAGAUCCUCAACCAAAGAAGAUCACCAGCAUCCCAGUUUGGUCAGCCUAUAACUCCCUGGUCACCGAACCAAUACCAACCACGAGAGUCGUAACAGCCCCCUUAGUUGCCGCGCCUGCCCACGAUUGGUCAACACUUCUGACUGUACUUAUGCAAGCUCAGGAUAUUAGUGUCAAAGUGGUCGGCCCAACAAGGAAAACGGUCAUCUCGCUGGAUCUAGGGCUUUACCAGCCAGCAAAGAAAGUCCAAAUGGCCCGUCGCGACCUAAACCAUCUCAUUCUCCGUCCUGGAGAGCUCCACAUUGUUAUGGCGGCCUUACGUGCAAUUGGCUCUUACAUCGACAACAGCGGGAUUGAUACAUGCUGGAUUGAGUCAGAGUUAUAUGGUAUAUGGUUAAACAGAUCCUCGGCGGUAAACAUGUGAAGCGGGCGCAGACAGCUCAUGCGAUUACCUUACAAGCGCUUUUCCUAAUGUAUCACGAAGCCUUCGCGGACAAAGAAAACGCAAGUUCACGCCAAAGCCUUGAAGAAUCUGUUACCCAGUUAAGUAAUGUCUGUGCUAAUGGUCCGAAGGAGGCAGUUAAAGAGGCACACGACAAGCUGGUUUCCGUCAUCGAGUCACAGAAGCUGCUAGAGAAGACGGAUGCAUUUGACAAA